AGCCCGUGGGCGCCGUUCGCGAGGCCGCCGCAGGGGCCCGGCCGCAGCGUGGGGAGGCCUGGGCUCCGGAGGCCGCGGCGGCCGCCAUGCCGUUGCUCUUCCUCGAGCGCUUCCCCUGGCCCAGCCUCCGCACCUACACGGGCCUCAGCGGCCUGGCCCUGCUCGGCACCAUCGUCAGCGCCUACCGCGCCCUCAGCCAGCCCGAGGCCGGGCCCGGGCCCGGCGAGCCCGAGUCGUCAACGGCCCCGGUGCUGCCGGAAUCGGCCGCGCUCGUCCGCCCGAGCGCCGGGGGCCCGCGGGCCCGCGACGUGGCCCAGUACCUGCUCUCGGACAGCCUGUUCGUGUGGGUUCUAGUAAACACUGCUUGCUGUGUGUUGAUGUUGGUGGCUAAGCUAAUCCAAUGUAUUGUGUUUGGCCCUCUUCGAGUGAGCGAGAGACAGCACCUCAAAGACAAGUUUUGGAAUUUUAUUUUCUACAAGUUCAUUUUCAUUUUUGGUGUGCUGAAUGUCCAGACAGUGGAAGAGGUGGUCAUGUGGUGCCUCUGGUUUGCAGGACUUGUAUUUCUGCAUCUGAUGGUUCAGCUCUGCAAGGACCGAUUUGAAUACCUUUCCUUUUCUCCCACCACACCUAUGAGUAGCCACGGCCGAGUUCUGUCUCUGCUGAUCGCUAUGCUGCUUUCCUGCUGUGGAUUAGCAGUUGUCUGUUGUGUCACAGGCUACACCCAUGGGAUGCACACAUUGGCUUUCAUGGCCGCAGAGUCUCUUCUUGUGACAGUGAGGACUGCUCAUGUGAUUUUAAGAUAUGUAAUUCACCUUUGGGACCUCAACCACGAAGGGACAUGGGAAGGAAAGGGGACGUAUGUCUAUUACACCGAUUUUGUCAUGGAGCUCACUCUCUUGUCCCUGGACCUCAUGCACCACAUUCACAUGUUGUUAUUUGGCAACAUCUGGUUAUCCAUGGCCAGCUUGGUCAUCUUUAUGCAGCUGCGUUACCUGUUUCAUGAGGUGCAGCGUCGAAUCCGUCGACAUAAGAACUAUUUGCGUGUGGUUGGGAACAUGGAAGCCAGGUUUGCAGUUGCAACUCCCGAGGAGCUGGCUGUCAAUAAUGAUGACUGUGCCAUCUGCUGGGACUCCAUGCAGGCUGCGAGGAAACUGCCCUGUGGACAUCUUUUCCACAACUCCUGUCUUCGUUCCUGGCUAGAACAAGACACCUCCUGCCCAACAUGCAGAAUGUCUCUUAAUAUUGCUGACAAUAAUCGUGCCAGGGAAGACCAUCAAGGAGAGAACCUGGAUGAGAAUCUGGUUCCUGUGGCAGCAGCUGAAGGCAGACCUCGCUUAAACCAGCACAAUCACUUCUUCCACUUUGAUGGGUCGCGGAUUGCGAGUUGGCUGCCGAGUUUUUCAGUCGAAGUGAUGCACACCACCAACAUUCUUGGCAUUACGCAGGCAAGCAACUCCCAGCUUAAUGCAAUGGCUCAUCAGAUCCAAGAAAUGUUCCCCCAGGUUCCGUACCACCUCGUGCUACAGGACCUCCAGCUGACACGCUCCGUUGAAAUAACAACAGACAACAUUUUAGAAGGACGGAUUCAAGUACCUUUUCCCACACAGCGGUCAGAGAGCAUUAGACCCGCAUUGAACAGCCCUGUGGAGAGGCCAAACGGUGACCCGGAGGAGGGAGAACCUUCUGCCCAGACUGAGCGUGUGCCGCUGGACCUCAGUCCUCGGCUGGAGGAGGCGCUGGACUCGAUGAGUGAGGUGGAAGCCGAGCCCAGUGAGGGGGAAGACUUCGAGGCUCGGGGGAGCCGCUUCUCCAAGUCCGCUGACGAGAGGCAGCGCAUGUUAGUGCAGCGCAAGGACGACCUCCUGCAGCAAGCUCGGAAGCGUUUCUUGAACAGAAGUUCUGAAGAUGACUCGGCCUCAGAGAGCUGCCUUCCCUCGGAGGGCGCGACCUCUGACCCCGUGACGCUGCGUCGGAGGAUGCUGGCUGCAGCCGCGGAGCGGAGACUUCAGAAGCAGCAGACCUCCUAGCGCCUCCCGCCGCCCUCGGCCGCCGCCUCCUGAGCAGCGCCCGGAAGAGGCCCGUCCGGCUCUGCCCGCUGUUGGAGCAGGGGGCUCGACUGCAUUGCCGCUGUAUAAAGCAUGUGGUCUUCAUAGUGUUGGACAGCUGACAAAUUUAAUCCUUUUUUGUAAUACUUUCUAUGUGACGUUUCUUUUCCCUUUAGAAACACUGCACAUUUUAACUCUAGGCACGCUCUCCUGGCAUUGACUGGACUUCUCAUGGGUGGGGGAAGACCAGAGGAGGUGGGCAUCUGGAAACCCAGAAGCAGGCGGCUUCGCUGACUGCUUUCUGCAUAAGUCACAACAAAUGCUGGUGUCUUUAGCUCCACAUCUGGCAGGCCGUGUGCGUGUAGGGGGCAGGAGUCAUAAAGAGCAGUGUGGAGAUGUCCAGCGUGCGCCUGACUCCACACCACUGGCUAAUUUCUAUUGUCAAACUGCUCUUCUUAGUGAGGGGCGGGUUUGGUGGCUGUUACAGAGGCCAGUGUUACACAGGCCAGCCGCGUGGGCUCGUGGACCCCUGGACUGGCAGGGCAUCUUGGAAAGACAGCUCUUGGUUUGAUGCCUGGAGCAGAGGAGGGGAAAGCCUAGGGCUGUAGAGUGUGAGGAGGUGACCCGUUGUGUCCCAGUACGUCCAGACUUACUUUCUGAGCCCCCAGUCCACAGCUGGCUUUAUUUCCGUUAAGCUGGUGCUCCUGCCUCUCUCGGGUACCCCUGUGUCUGUCCUCUUCUCUCUGCAUUUCACUGCCCCCCUCCCCCCACCCCCGCCCCAGACAUGGGAAGGUCAGCACUGAAAGGGUUAAGCAACAAGCUUUGGUUUGGUCAAGAGAAUUAGGCAACGCCAAGGGCUGUGUGUUGGGUCCUCAGAGAAAACAUGGGCCUUACAAGAUGGGGGAGUAAAUUUUGGAGGGCUUUACUGAAGAAAUAAGAGAUACCUUUCGUAUCUUUCUUCUCUGGAGCCCUUCGUUGUCACAGCUUUCUUCCUGUUGGUUUAGGCACAGAAAGGGAGGACGUGGACUCCUGCCUUGGAGCAGACCUGGGUCCUGAGCCUUUUCAAAUUCCUCGCGCAUCUCCCUUCAAGGAUUUGACGUGCAAUCAUAGGUUACAGACUUCAGUUUUAUCUCCUAUUGGAUUAAGUUUUUUUUAAUGUUUGAAAGCAUAGUUUUAUGGUAGUCCUUUUGGGAAGAAUCCAGUAUUAUCUAAAAUUAUUGGCAAAGUUAAAUGUAUUUUACAUAACUGAAAGUUUUUAGGAUGUUGAAAAGUAAUUGAAAAAAGAGUGAUGAGUAAGUGUUUAGGCUGAGAUAAUUUAUUUCAAUAAAUCUUUCAAAAGCCUUACUUUGAAAUGCUGUUAGUAAAUUUCUGUGAUUUUUAAAAAAUUCAUUUUGUUUUGCUGAGAGCAUAGCUAUUUGUUUUUAUUGUAAAACAAUAAUAAUAAUAAAAAAGCAGACUCUU